AUUACAUUGCCAUCUGUUCCAGUUCAUUUAAACGCAAUCGGAUCCUAUGAUAUUGACUAUCAUAUUUUAGUAACAUGUCGUAAUGGAAUAAUUUAUUCCAUAAAACGUGGAGAAAUCAAUGCUAAAGUUUAUGUUGAUACUGGAUCACAGAUUAUCGGUUUUGUUCGUACAGAUAAAGCUGUUAUAGUCGCUUGUAUGGAUCAAACUGUCAAAGGGUUCUCACUAGAGGGUCGACCAAUUUGGAGAGUAAGACAUUCCUGUGAAAUUUUAACCAUCACUCCAAUGAAUUUUAUCAGUUCAAAUAAUAGAAAUCAUGAAAUUUAUUAUAUUUUAUGUUUAUCUGAUGGUUCAGUACAGAUUUAUUGUGAUCAACAUUUAUGUGACCGAUGUAUUACAUGGAUUCCUUCGAUCCAGAAUACUAAUACUGAAAAUAAUCACAGUAAUUCUUCAAAUAAUCUAACAUCUGGUGAUUCAAAUGCUAUAAAAUUGACAGACACUGAACAGAAUAACAAUCAAUCACGUAAACUAAUUGGUUAUCACUUGGCGAAACCUGAUCCAAUUGUUGCUUGCUGUUUCGGGAAAUACGACAGAGAAAUCAAUACACUCAUACUUGUAUCUCAAAAUGGACAUAUGUUAAUCUUAAUUGUUAAACGUUCAGCUAAUUUUAUUCCCAUGGAUGUGAUUUCCUCUCGUACAAUGAAUAAACUUGAUAAUUUGAACAUUCCUAAGAAAUCGAGUUUAUUUAUGGAUUUAACUACUCGUGAACAGUUGAAUGCACCUCAAAUGUAUCGUAAAUUUAUGAAUGAUUUAAGCUUUAUGAGGCGAUCAAUUUCAUCCACCUUUCUUAAUAUGUUAGAAAAUCAUUCUAAUCCUAUUCCAAUAUCUGGUUAUGGUGAACAAAUUAAAUUAAAUGUACAGAUUCAUGGUCUUGGGCCUAAAUAUACUUUGAUUUGUGAGAUAGUGCAAAUAAAAUCUAAUACAAUGUCAACUUUGCAUGAUUUGUAUAUUUUAAUUUUGUUCAAUGCUUCAAUUUAUUAUGUGAAUCCAGUUUUAAUUCCAGUAAGUGGGAUUUUUGUUCAUUUAGUUACAGUUGGAUUUCAAAUAGGUUUUUAA